AUGCGCACCAUCAAUACGCAGGCCUCCCAUGGCCUCAGCUCUUUGCCCAACAUGUUCUGGAAAACAAAGCCAGGACGUCCCAUAUUCCGGCCCACUCUCAACAUCCGCGAAAUUCUGCACCUUCUGCGGCCAUACGCGAGCACCCAAGAAGAUAGAGAUCAAGAUACACAUUUAAAGGAUGGGAAGAAGCGCGCGCCAAGUCCGUCGGUAAACCAGCCCUCUCCGAAACGCGCGAAAAUUGUGGAUACAGAUACUCCUGAAGCUGAUCCAGUGGCGGAGCCCAGCGCGACCUCGUCUCUGGCGGUGUUGCUGAACGAAUGUUUAGACUCGUGGCCUGAAGUGGUGCAUGCCUAUCCCUCCACCUCCUCAGCUGCUUCGAAACACAGGCACAGCGGCUAUCAGCGUUCUGCUCUUGCGUAUGUGCGGAUCGAUACCAUUCGAUAUACCGUUGAUACCGCGACAGCCGGAGCACUCCAUAGGCCGCCGCACUGGGUCGAAGAGGAGGCCAAUCUGCGGAAUGUGAUGGAGGCGUUCAGUCGUGGAUGCUCAGAGCCACGCGCUAUUGGACUCGGGUUCGUCAAGCUGCACGCCUUUGAAGGACGGGUGUAUGUUGCAUCGAAGGCGGACGAGUGGUUGUUGCUACUCCCCCUAGAAUCGGACAAUGUCGCAGAAUGCGAGGAUAUCCUGUGCAGCUUCCUUAUUGCAGAGAAGGAGGGGCAGGUGAAUACAUCGGCGAAGCUCAGUAUCACCGUUUACCCGCAGGGGAUGUCCGCGGAUGGCGAGCUCCCGUUUUCCAUCCAGGUGGAGACGAGCUGCAAGUUUCUGUAUCCAGCUAUCCUGGAAGACCCCGCGAACCGACACAAGGGCAAGACCGCUGCUGCUCAUGUGCGCGAGGCAGUGCGGCGCGUGCACAACUACCUCUACACGCCUGAAGCUCACCUGGGGACCGUCGACAUCCCCUUUUUCUACGCAAGCCUCAAACCUGCCCCAUUCACGGAUGUGGAGGAACGGGUGCAGCCACGGGCGCUCGUGCCCAAGCUGCUGCCGUUCCAGCGGCGGAGUGUGGCUUGGCUCCUCGCGCGUGAAGGGGUGACGCUGAACCCCCAGGGCGAAAUCGUGCCGCUCCCGGUGUCAUUCAGCGCCGCAGAGGGCGACGCACAGAACCCCAUGCUGUUCUUCUGGAAGAAGGUCGUCGAGGGGAACGAGACUUGGUAUUUCAACUGCCUCUCCGGGGAGAUCGCUGAAGCCCCACCUCGUGUAGAGGACGUCUUUGGGGGGAUCCUCGCAGAGGAGCCGGGCCUCGGGAAAACGCUCGAGACGAUUUCGCUCAUCCUCCUGCAUCCCGCGCCGCAUAGAAACCCGUCGGUCACGCGCUGGGACCCCAUUGCCGCCCUCGACGUGAAGCAGGUCAAGGUGCGUACUUCGUAG